AGUGUGUGAGAGAGGGAGAGGGAGAGAGAGAGAGAGAGAGAAUGGCGGACCGGAGCCUUGACAGUGUGGCUCUCCCUCUGGAUGUCAGGGCGAGGCUGGCGGAGCUGGACCUGGAGUUAUCUGAAGGAAGUGAUGCAAAGGAACUUCCUAGGCACGGCUGUGAAGAAGAAAGGCAAAAUGGCAUCGCCCUUGUAUCCAAACAUCAGAGCGAAUUGCGUGCCAUUACUGACAGCAGCUUUGUUCAGCUCGACACAAAAUCUAGCUAUAAUGGGGACAUCACACAGAAAGGAUACGAAAAGAAGAAGUCAAAACUGCUCGGAGCUUACCUACCACAACCUCCAGGAGUGGAGCCCUCACUGCCACAAGAACGUCGCACUCCAGUUACGCCUUCAUCAUCCUCCAGAUACCAUCGGCGUCGGUCUUCAGGGUCACGCGAUGAGCGUUACAGAUCAGAUGUACAUACAGAGGCAGUGCAGGCCGCUCUCGCCAAACAUAAAGAGAGGAAGAUGGCAGUCCCCAUGCCAUCUAAACGACGUUCCCUGGUGGUACAGACCUCAAUGGAUGCCUACACACCUCCAGAUACCUCUUCUGGGUCAGAAGAUGAGGGAUCGGGCCAAGGCGAUUCCCAGGGAACCCCUUCUUCCAGCCAGGGCAGCCUGAACAUGGAACACUGGAUCAGUCGGGCCAUACACGGCUCAACCACCUCCUCCACCACCUCCUCCUCUUCCACGCGCAGCGGGGGGAGCAGUGCUGCUAACGCACUGGCCGACGUCAUGACGCAGACCCACAUUGCUCCAAUUUACAGUAGACCUAACCCAAUGUACAUGGAGGACAAGUUGGACUUCAGGCAUGAGAAAGACUUCGCUGAAAAAAACCACUCGGCCCCACCUGAUGUCACCACUUACACGACAGAGCACUCGAUACAGGUCGAACGCCCUCAAGGCUCCACGUCAAGAGCUGCACCAAAGUAUGGAAACGCUGAACUGAUGGAGACCGGCGAUGGAGUUCCAGUGAGCAGCAGAGUAUCUGCCAAAAUCCAACAGCUGGUGAACACCCUUAAACGGCCCAAACGCCCCCCAUUGAGAGAAUUUUUUGUGGACGAUUUUGAAGAACUAUUGGAAGUUCAACAUCCAGACCCUAACCUGCCGAGACCAGAGGGAGCCCAGAUGUUGGCCGUUAGAGGAGAACAGCUGGGAGUAGUAACUAAUUGGCCGCCGUCUCUGGAAGCAGCCCUCCAACGCUGGGGCACGAUAUCUCCUAAAGCUCCCUGUCUGACCACCAUGGACACCAAUGGGAAACCACUUUACAUCCUCACAUAUGGGAAGCUGUGGACAAGAAGUAUGAAGGUGGCCUACAACAUCCUGCAUAAACUGGGCACCAAGCAGGAGCCAAUGGUCAGGCCUGGAGACAGGGUAGCCCUUGUUUUUCCAAACAAUGACCCGGCUGCCUUUAUGGUAGCCUUCUACGGCUGUCUGCUGGCGGAGGUGGUCCCUGUUCCCAUCGAAGUGCCCCUUACACGAAAGGAUGCUGGAAGCCAGCAGAUUGGUUUUCUUUUGGGAAGCUGUGGUGUGACUGUCGCUCUGACAAGUGAUGCUUGUCACAAAGGUCUACCUAAAAGCCCAACAGGAGAGAUACUACAGUUCAAAGGUUGGCCACGGUUGCUGUGGUUUGUAACAGAAUCUAAGCACCUGUCUAAACCGCCUCGGGAUUGGUUUCCUCACAUCAAGGAUGCAAACAAUGACACUGCAUACAUUGAGUACAAGACGUGUAAAGACGGCAGCGUGCUUGGCGUGACGGUGACAAGAAUUGCACUCCUGACCCACUGUCAGGCACUGACCCAGGCCUGCGCGUACACAGAAGCGGAAACCAUUGUGAAUGUAUUGGAUUUUAAGAAAGAUGUCGGCUUGUGGCACGGUAUUCUUACGAGUGUUAUGAAUAUGAUGCACGUCAUCAGUAUCCCGUAUUCCUUAAUGAAAGUGAACCCCCUCUCUUGGAUACAAAAAGUCUAUGCAUAUAAGGCGAAAGUGGCGUGUGUGAAGUCUAGAGACAUGCACUGGGCAUUGGUGGCUCACAGAGACCAGCGGGACAUUAAUCUCACUUCCCUGCGGAUGUUAAUUGUGGCAGACGGGGCCAACCCUUGGUCUAUUUCUUCCUGUGAUGCAUUCCUUAAUGUCUUCCAAAGCAAAGGAUUGCGUCCUGAAGUCAUCUGUCCUUGUGCCAGCUCACCAGAGGCUCUCACGGUAGCUAUCCGCAGGCCAACCGAUGAUACCAACCAACCUCCGGGGCGAGGUGUCCUCUCAAUGCACGGUCUGAGUUACGGGGUAAUAAGAGUGGAUUCGGAAGAGAAGCUGUCUGUUUUAACUGUACAGGAUGUUGGCAUGGUAAUGCCAGGAGGUGUGAUGUGCGUCGUGAGACCAGAAGGACUCCCUCUGCUUUGUAGAACUGACGAAAUAGGCGAGCUGUGCGUGUGCUCCAUCGCUGCGGGCACGUCCUACUACGGUCUAUCAGGGAUGACGAAAAACACAUUCGAGAUGUUCCCAAUGCUGAGUUCAGGAGCUCCUGUCAGCGAAUACCCAUUUGUCAGGACUGGGCUGCUGGGCUUUGUAGGCCCUGGGGGGAUGGUGUUCGUCGUGGGCAAAAUGGAUGGUCUGAUGGUCGUGAGCGGCCGGAGACACAACGCAGACGAUAUCGUGGCUACGGCACUUGCAGUGGAGCCAAUGAAGUUUGUCUACAGAGGAAGAAUAGCUGUGUUUUCCAUCAAUGUUCUGCACGAUGAGAGAAUCGUCAUAAUUGCUGAGCAAAGACCAGAUUCCACCGAGGAAGACAGCUUUCAGUGGAUGAGCAGAGUUCUUCAGGCAAUCGAUGGGAUCCACCAAGUUGGGGUGUACUGUUUGGCGCUGGUACCAGCUAACACGCUCCCUAAAACUCCGCUGGGCGGCAUACAUCUCUCGGAAACUAAGCAGUGCUUCUUAGAAGGCUCCCUCCACCCGUGCAACGUGUUAAUGUGUCCCCACACCUGUGUAACGAACCUGCCCAAGCCAAGACAGAAACAGCCAGAGAUUGGCCCGGCUUCUGUCAUGGUGGGAAACCUGGUUUCCGGAAAGCGAAUUGCUCAAGCCAGCGGGAGAGAUUUAGGACAGAUUGAAGACAAUGACCAGGGUAGAAAGUUUAUGUUUUUGUCCGAAGUUUUACAAUGGCGUGCGCAGACAACCCCAGAUCACGUCCUUUUUACACUACUGAACUCCAGGGGUACGAUAGCCAAUUCUUUAACAUGCCUUCAGCUGCAUAAACGAGCCGAGAAAAUAGCAGUCAUGCUGAUGGAGAGAGGACAUCUACAGGAUGGAGAUCACGUGGCUUUGGUCUAUCCACCAGGAAUAGACUUAAUUGCCGCAUUUUAUGGCUGCCUGUACGCAGGUUGUGUGCCAAUAACAGUUCGUCCUCCACACCCACAGAAUAUUGCUACGACAUUGCCCACGGUGAAGAUGAUUGUGGAGGUCAGUAGAUCGUCCUGCAUAAUGACCUCGCAACUGGUGGUAAAACUCUUAAGAACCAGAGAAGCAGGAGCAGCAGUUGACGUAAGAACAUGGCCUCCUGUUUUAGAUACAGAUGAUUUACCAAAGAGACGGCCUGCCCAAAUAUACAAACCCUCAAACCCCGACACUCUGGCCUACCUUGAUUUUAGCGUAUCCACCACGGGAAUGCUAGCUGGGGUGAAGAAAAACUACUGCUGGGAGGUUGAAGACUCUUACACAGGAGCACCCGGCAUAUAUACACAGGCCUUGCCCUCUAUUUCCAUCAAUCAGUUCACUCAUAAUAUGUCCCAUGCAGCAACCAGUGCCUUGUGCCGAUCCAUAAAACUACAGUGUGAGCUUUACCCAUCUCGAGAAGUGGCAAUCUGCCUGGACCCCUACUGUGGCCUGGGCUUUGUUCUUUGGUGCCUCUGUAGUGUCUACUCGGGCCACCAGUCCAUCCUCAUUCCUCCCUCAGAGCUGGAGAUCAAUCCCUCACUCUGGCUCUUUGCAGUCAGCCAGUACAAGGUCCGAGACACCUUCUGCUCGUACUCUGUCAUGGAACUCUGCACCAAGGGGCUCGGCUCGCAGACCGAAUCGCUCAAGGCCAGGGGCUUGGACUUGUCUCGAGUGCGGACCUGUGUGGUGGUGGCCGAGGAACGUCCUCGAAUAGCACUGACCCAGUCUUUCUCCAAGUUAUUCAAGGACCUGAACCUUAACCCAAGAGCUGUUAGCACAUCCUUCGGCUGCAGAGUGAACCUCGCCAUUUGCCUUCAGGGGACUUCAGGACCUGACCCUACCACUGUAUAUGUGGAUAUGAGAGCACUGCGACAUGACAGGGUUCGUUUAGUGGAACGAGGUUCUCCUCACAGCCUGCCGCUAAUGGAGUCUGGAAAGAUACUACCUGGCGUGCGAAUAAUCAUCGCUAACCCAGAAACUAAAGGACCGCUGGGCGAUUCACAUCUUGGAGAGAUUUGGGUUCACAGUGCGCACAACGCGAGCGGGUAUUUCACCAUUUACGGAGACGAGUCGCUCCAGUCGGACCAUUUCAACUCUCGCCUAAGUUUCGGAGACACUCAAACGGUGUGGGCUCGGACUGGUUACCUGGGCUUCCUAAGACGGACUGACCUCACUGAUGCAAACGGAGAGCGACACGAUGCCUUGUAUGUUGUGGGUGCCUUGGACGAAGCGAUGGAACUGCGGGGGAUGAGGUAUCACCCUAUCGACAUUGAAACAUCCGUGAUUCGUGCCCACAAGAGCAUCACCGAGUGCGCUGUGUUUACCUGGACGAAUCUGCUGGUGGUGGUGGUGGAAUUGGACGGAUCCGAACAAGAAGCCUUGGACCUGGUUCCUCUGGUGACGAACGUGGUCCUGGAGGAACAUUACCUGAUCGUGGGAGUGGUGGUGGUGGUGGACGUGGGAGUGAUCCCCAUCAACUCCCGCGGAGAGAAACAGCGGAUGCAUCUGAGGGAUGGCUUUUUGGCAGACCAACUCGAUCCCAUUUACGUGGCUUACAACAUGUAGCCUCUCGAGGACAGACUUCCGCUGACUGUGUGUGUAUGUAUAUAUAUAUACUGUAUAAAACAAAAAAAAGAUUUUUGGUGUUCACCACAAAAUGUGCGGACGAACGAAGAAGACGACACUUGCUCCACAGAAGGACACUUUCUGCACUACCAAGCACUCCCAACUCGCCACAGAAGAUGUGAAACCGCUCCUUCGUUACCACUGACUGACGCUUAAAACAGGCAAGGGAACAAUUGAGAAGUACACGAGCCCUGAGUCGGGCUUGUUUCUUGCUUGUCAGACGAUAAAAAACUGCUUUAAAAAGUAAGUGUACUUUCUGCGCUCUGUAUUUUUAAGUUCUAUCAGCUGAAGUCGCUUCUAUCCCUUUUUUUAAUCUACCCUCCAAGGGGGUGCUUUUUAAUGUAUUCACGACCUGUGGCAAAAGCGAGUAUUUUAAGUUGUUGAUUCUUGUUGAAAAUGGAUCCAAAAAAAAAAAAAACCAAGCUGUCGAAAAUUGCAGUCGAAGGAACCUUCUACCUAUAAUUAACUGACAGGACAGUUUGCCCCAACCUCUCCCCCUCCUCUCUUCUCCUCUCCUCUCCUCUCCCUGCCCCCGUUUUCAUAUGUGUCU